CUCUUAUCACCUGCCGAUGUCGGUUUGGCGUCGAUUCCAUGUCGCGAUAACAUUCCCUUGCCUUUAUUUGAUGUUCCCUUACAUCGCAUCGAUGAACAGCCCCUCACUGUGUCUGUCUGACCUCCAACCUCCCCUCCUGGCGAUAAUCCUUCCGGGCCGGCUUAUGUCACUAUCUCUCACUUGUGCUAUGUACUGACGUGAUCGGAUCCCCGACCCGCCAGCAUUGAUCCCCUCUCGGCUUCGGCGUUAUCACUGAUUCAUUCUUCCUUGUCUUUGCCGAAUCCGAUAAAACCUUGCACACCCCCCUCAUCACUUAGCUUCUCAAUCUGAUCCUAAAAGCAAACAUCUCACGUCUUCGGGACCGAAAGCAUCCUUGAAACCAAGCCAUUAGCCGCUGUCUCGGUGAACUGACAUCUCAAUGGCUGCCGACGAGACGACGCCACUGCUUCCAAAUGGGACAGCCGGGAACGAUAGUGUGAAUGGCAACUCCAACAGUUGUCAAUCAUCAUCAUCAUCAUCAAACAACACCGACACCGAAAACACCACCAGCGAUAACCAUCACCAUGUCAACAAAGAAAAACAACCGUCACUCAACCCCCUCACCCUCCUCACCCGCCUCCACGUCGAAACCCGCAUCCUCCUCGCCGCCUUCCUGAUCACCACCUCCUUCUCCUUCACCCAAGUCCCCAUCUUCUACGUCUUCUACCUCAUGGAAUGCGACGACUUCUACACCCGUCACCCUCCGUACGCUGGGUCCGGUGACCGAUGCAGCCGCAACGAGAUCGCCGCCGGCACCGCCACCGACUUCUCCUUUCUGGCCAUGAGCACCACCAUCUGCGGCACCGUCAACCUCUUCUUUGCCGGCUGGCUCGUCAAGAAAAUCGGCCCGCGACUGGCGCUGAUGGCCCAGGUUUUGGUCCCUGCCAUCCGCGUGCUGACCCAGAUCCUGGGUGUUUUGGCUGGCGGCAGGUCCGGCAUCGUGAUUUUUCAGGCGACGCAGUUGAUCACCGUCUUGGGCGGGCCCGUGGGGUAUAUCCUCAUCAUCAACAUCAUCGUCGGCGAGGUGGUCUCUCCCGCAAGAAGGACGCCCGUCUUUGGCAUGCUGCAGGGGUGCUUCAUGCUGGGCCAGGCGGUCGGCUACCUGACAGGCGGCAUGAUUGGGGAUGCGUGGGGGAUUCGGAGGCCGUUCGAGGUGGCCUUUGUUGCGUUUUUGAUCUCGACGGCAUAUGUGCAGUUGGCGCUACCGUACGUCAGUCCGGAGAGCAUGGCGGGCGGGAAGAAGCCCGGGUCCAAGGCGAAGGGGGUGGCUGCCGGGUUUUUUGCGCCGCUGAAGGUAUUGGCGCCGCAGAGAGUGAGGUUGAGGAGCGGGAAAGAGAUCAAGCAUUUUGGCGUGCUGAUCCUGUGUACGGGUGUGUUUUUGGGUGUGCUGGCCACCGACUUCGCUGCCAUGUUGAUCCAGAUGUACGCCACGGCCGUUUUUGGCUUCCACCAAAGCGACAACGGCUGGCUCAUGUCCGAGUUUGCCCUCAUGCGCGCCGUCUUCUUGAUCCUCCUCUUUCCGCGCAUCAUCUCCUCCGGUCGGAAAUGGUACGCCAAGCGGCAAUCCCAGCGCCAGCCGCGCCGUGACUCCAUUUCCGAUGAAAGGGAUCCCGCUACCCAAGGCCUGCUCAUCCGCCCCGAGCAACUGGAGGCUCCCAUGGGCACGUACGCCGAAGAAGAGCCCAUGGUGACACAGCCACCGACGGAAACGGAGGACACGCACUUUGAUCUCUUCUUCCUUCGUUGGAGCUUGGUGGCCGAUGGUUUGCUGACCUCUUGCGCUGCGCUGGCGACCAAGAAGUGGCACAUCUACCUGGCUGCGGCCAUGCUUCCGUUUGCGAGUGGCACUGCCCCGGCUGCAAAGGGUGUCAUGACGGAGAUGUGCUCGCCUUCACAAAGGGCUGAUGCGCUGAAUGCCUUGACGCUGGUUGAGAACAUUGGCAGGUUGGCGACGCAGGGUUUCUUUGGAUUUGUGUUUGCUGCCUUGGCAGAGGCCGGGAAGCCUCAUUUGACAUUUUAUUGCAAUGCGAUACUUGCCAUGAUCGCGGCGAGUGUCCUGAUCUUCUCCCGCUUCCCGCCAAGUGGGAGUGAGUUGAUUGAAGCCGACGAUGCAGAGGAGCACGUCGACGGAAGCACGUAGGGCGAAUGAGCAGAUCGCCCCGGGACAUAUUGUAUGUCAGGAUUCACGGAAAAAGUUUUGCGUUUUAGGAUACCAGGCGUUUUCGGUUUGGGAUAUACAAUCAUCAUCAUUUCCUGCUUCUUUGAUUUUAUUCUCGACACGGUCCUGAACCGUUCCAUUCACGCACCUAGAAUUACUGCGUAGAACGAGCUCAUCCUAUCUUCUCACUGUCAUAAUGGUUCUCACCCUAUGUCCACCCUCCAAUUUAAGAUACCACCACUAUCAUAACCACCUCCCCAACCCGCCACCCCCAUGAGCUGAACAUCCUUCAUCUCCCUCGCCCUCCCUGCCCCAUAGGACGGAACCUCUUGUUU